AUGGCGUCGCCGAAGAAAGCAAAGCCGCGGGCGAGGCGGCCCCUGCUGCUCCGGCGAGCCAUGCUGCAUUCCUCCCUCUGCUUCCUCCUCGGCCUCCUUGCCGGCCUCGCCCCGGCCUUCCGCUGGACCCACGUAGCAUCAACCGCGGCCACCGCCCACGUCUUCCGCGCGCUCCACGCCGUCGACGGCGCCUUCAACCACACCGUGCUCCUGCUCCAGCAACAGCAGCGGCAGCUGCAGCACGGACCCGUCGACGUCGCCGUCACCGCCCUCCCCUCGCCGCCGCCAGAGCCGGAGCCGCUGCGCCAGCCGCAGCUGCUGCUGGUCGUGACGGCCACGGAGCGGUCGGACCCGGAGAGGCGCGCAGCAGGGCUCACCCGCGCGGCGCACGCACUCAGGCUCGUGCCCCCGCCGGUGCUGUGGCUGGUGGUGGAGCGGGCGACGGAGGCCCCGGACACGGCGCGGCUGCUGCGCGGCGCCGGGGUGUCGUACCGGCACCUGACCUACCCCGAGAACUUCACGGCAGACGGCGUCGGCACGGAGAAGGAGCGGCACCACCAGCGGAACGUGGCGCUGGGGCACGUGGAGGAGCACCGCCUGGCCGGGGUCGUGCUCUUCGCCGGCCUCGGCGACGUCUACGACCUCCGCUUCUUCGACCAGCUCAGGCAGAUCAGGACGUUCGGUGCGUGGCCGGUCGCGACGGUGUCGGAGCGCGAGCGGAAGGCGACGGUGGAAGGGCCGGUGUGCGGAGGCUCGCCGUCGGCGGUCACCGGCUGGUUCUCCACGGCCGACGCGACGCCGACGGUGAGGGCGGCGAGGCCGCCGGCGGGCACCGUGGACGUGGCGCGCUUCGCGUUCGGCAGCGCCCUGCUCUGGAACCCGCACCGGUGGGACCGCUUCCCCGUCUCCGAGCCCGACGCCUCACAGGAUUCGGUAAAGUUUGUGCAACGAUUGGCCGCAGAGGAGUACAACGAGUCGAGAGGAAUGCCCGAUCCCGACUGCUCGGAGAUCAUGGUGUGGCGUGGAGAUCAGCUCGUCGCUACCUAG